AUGUCAGCUGCUACUACUACAACAAACGUUGAUCCAAAAAUAAUAGAUGGUAGAAUCAUAUCGGCCGAUAUUAAAAAAGAUAUAAAGAUUCAAGUUGAAAAGCUGAUAGCUCAAGGUAAACGUGCUCCUUGUUUGGUUGUUAUUCUUGUUGGUGAUAGACCUGAUUCUCAUACCUAUGUUAGAAAUAAAAAGAAAACAGCAUCAGAUUUAGGAUUUGAAUCAAUUGAUUGUUUAUUACCAGGAACUACAACACAACAAGAGGUAAUAGAUAUUGUAAAGAAAUAUAAUCAAGAUGAAGCUGUAGAUGGUAUUCUUGUUCAACUACCAUUACCAUCACAUAUCAACGAGGCAUCGGUAUUGAACGAGAUUGAUAUUAGUAAAGAUGUUGAUGGUUUCAAUCCAAUUAAUAUUGGAUCACUUGGUAUGCGUGGAAGAAAUGCAACAUUUCAACCAUGUACACCACGUGGUUGCAUAGAGAUGUUGGAUAGAAGUGGUGUAGAGAUUGCUGGUAAAAAGGCUGUAGUAUUGGGUAGAUCUAAUAUUGUUGGUCUUCCAGUGGCCCUAAUGUUGAUGAAUCGUGAUGCUACCGUCACUAUUUGUCACUCUAAAACACCAGAUAUACCAUCACAAGUAAAACAAGCAGAUAUUGUCAUUGCAGCGAUUGGUCAAGCUCGUUUUGUCAAAAAGGAAUGGAUCAAGGAGGGAGCAGUUGUCAUUGAUGUUGGUAUGAACUCUGUCGAUGGUAAGCUGUGUGGUGAUGUAGAUUAUGUCAAUGUAAAAGAGGUUGCUAGUAAAAUUACACCAGUUCCAGGUGGUGUUGGUCCAAUGACCAUCGUUAUGUUACUUUCAAAUACUUUGGAAAGUUCAAAAAAAAGACAAAAUUACUAUCUAUCUAUCUAUAUAUCUAUAAUGACACAUACAACAUUUAGUUCUAGUUCAAAUCAAAAAUGGGAUCAAGAGAUUGUUGAUAUAGCAGAUUAUGUAUUAAACUAUAAACCAACAACAGAUGAAUCAUUUAGUACUGCAAAGGCAACUUUGUUUGAUGCUAUUGGUUGUGGUUUGUUGGCAUUAAAGUACAAGGAAUGUACAAAGUUGAUGGGUCCAACUGUUGAAGGAACUGUUGUACCAAAUGGUUGUCAUGUACCAGGUACAGACUAUGUAUUGGAUCCAGUACAAGCUGCCUUUAAUAUUGGUUGUAUGAAUAGAUGGCUAGAUUUCAAUGACACUUGGUUGGGUCGUGAAUGGGGUCAUCCUUCUGACAAUCUUGCUUCCAUCUUGGCUGUGGCCGAGUACAAGUCUAGAGAAAACAUCAAGGUUGGUCUACCACCUUUGACCAUGAACGAUGUAUUGGUUGCAUUGAUCAAGGCCUAUGAAAUUCAAGGUGUAUUGGCUCUCGAAAACAGUUUCAAUCGUGUCGGUCUUGACCAUGUCGUUUUGGUCAAGGUCGCUAGUACUGCCGUCGUUGCUCAAUUACUCGGUGGCACACGUGAUCAAGUACUCAAUGCCGUAUCAAAUGCCUGGGUCGAUGGUCAAAGUCUCCGUACCUACCGUCAUUUCCCAAACACUGGUUCUAGAAAGAGUUGGGCUGCUGGUGAUGCUGCCAGCCGUGCUGUUCAUCUCUCACUCUUUGCACUCAAGGGUGAGAUGGGUUAUCCAACUGCCUUGUCUGCCAAGAUUUGGGGAUUCUAUGACGUUCACUUUAAGGGAAACACAUUCAAGUUCCAACGUCCAUACGGAAGCUAUGUCAUGGAGAAUGUACUCUUCAAGGUCAGUUACCCAGCCGAGUAUCAUGCUCAAACCGCUGUUGAAUGUUCCAUUCGUUUGCAUCCACUCUACAAGCAAAAGGGAGGUGUCGAUGCCAUCGAAAAGAUUGUCAUCACCACUCACGAGUCUGCCAUUCGUAUCAUUGACAAAAAGGGACCACUCAACAACCCAGCCGAUCGUGACCAUUGCAUUCAAUACAUGUCUGCUAUAGGUAUGAUCUAUGGUGAUCUCAAUGCCGACCACUACGAGGACAAGGUUGCCAUUGGCGAUACAUCGAUCGAUCAAUUGCGUGACAAGAUGGUCUGUGUCGAAAACACUCAAUACUCUGCCGAUUAUCUCGACCCAGAGAAACGUUCCAUUGCCAAUCGUAUCCAAAUAUUCUUCAAGGACGGUACCACCAGUGAUGAUGUAGAGGUUGAAUAUCCAAUCGGUCAUCGUCGUCGUCGUCAAGAAGCUCUCCCAUUGAUCGAAUCAAAAUUCUUUAAUGCUCUCAAGGAUAGUCCAGUUCCACAACAAUCCCUAUCUGCCAUUCAAGAUUUAUUCAAAACUACCGAUAAAUUCAAUCAAACUUCUGUUUUGGAUUUUGUUAAUUUGUUCAAGUGUUAA